AUGUUGUUUAGUCAGAAAGCGAUAGCGGCUGCUGCCUGCAAUGCGCUGCAGAGUGUUUUACCGGGCCAGAUUAUUUGGCCCGGUAGUGAGGAGUAUUCCAUCACGUCAAUUAAAUCUAUUUGGUCCACCUCCUGUCAUUUGAACCCGGAGUGUGUGUUUGAGCCACUGAAUACGGGUGAUCUGAGUACAGGUAUAAAAGUCAUCAAAGAGCACGGGGCGAAGUUCGCUGUAAAAGGGGGUGGGCACAUGCCAAACCCAGGUGCCCAGUCGGUUGACGAGGGCGUGAUGAUUUCAAUGUCCAAGUUUAACGGCAAAUCGCUUAGCGAAGACAAAUCCAUCGCCAAUAUCGGUGCUGGUCAGCUGUGGGCUGAGGUCUACAACUGGCUAGCGCAGUAUGGUCUCGCAGUCAACGGAGGCCGGUAUCCAACAGUUGGAACGGCAGGUGUCCUCCUGGGGGGUGGUAUGGGCUACUUCUCUGGUGCACGCGGGUGGUCCAUUGACGACGUUGUCGGUUGGGAAGUCGUGUUGGCUGACGGCAGUAUUGUCGAGGUGACCACCGACCCCGAUAGUCUCUACUCUGAUCUAGCAUGGGCUUUAAGGGGCGGACACAAUAAUCUAGGCGUCGUUACCAGGUUCUCUAUGAGAACUUUUGGGGUUACUAGCGCAUACGGUGGCUUGGCAGUUUAUAACAGUGGAGCUGAAGAGGGUUUUUACAACGCUCUUGUCAGCUAUAUGAGACCUGGUGGGGGCUCUGAUGAUCCGAAAUCAGCCAUAAAUGCCGUUUCUACAUUGACACUUGUUGAUGGUAGCUGGUCGUAUGGCUUCUUUAACGUUUACAUGCAUGCAGGUGAAGACCCUAGUCCCCGAUCCUUUGAGAAUUUCACAGCUAUCCCAAAGGAGCACGUCACUCUUGAUGCCACAGAACUUCACCAAAGCUGGACCUCCAUCCCAAACAGCAUGGUUGCGGUGGGAGCCCAUGGUUCAAGGCAAUUAUUCUGGGCUAUCACCCUGAAGGCAGAUCGUCAAUCAAUUGCUAUAGCAAACCGCACAUUCUACUCAGGUGCUUUUGCUGAUCUCGGAGGUGUCGAGGGUCUUUCACUGGUAGUGUCUUACCAGUCCUUAACCUCCGUAUGGCUCCAAAAGUCCAAGGAAAAAGGUGGCAACCUUAUGGGUCUUGAUCCAGAGAGGGACGGAGGAAGCUUCGCAACCAUCUUGAUUUCAACUUGGAGCAGAGAGGAAGAUGACGAAGCCAUCCUUGCAUUUACGCGUAAAGCUUCAGGGAUUAUAGAGGCAGAGACCAAGAAACUUGGUCUAUUCAACCCCUUCAUAUAUCUCAACGAUGCUGCUAAAGACCAAAAGCCAUUUGAACGCUAUGCCGGAGGUACAAACCUACCGCGACUGAGAGACAUACAGGUGAAAUAUGAUCCCGACGGAUUUAUCAGGAAUUAUCUUCAACAUGGGUUUGACUUCGGAUUAGGAGAGGCAGGACAACACAGCGAGCUAUAA